AACCAAAUUAGGUUAGACCUAGGUGGCGAUACAGAGUUCGGAUCACAGCCUUGCUCCUGCUCUACGUCGUCCGUCUGCUUCGUCGUCGGGUUUGCCCCUUCCCGGUGGCGCCUAUAUAAGUGCCCUCUUCCCCCACCUCCUCUUCUAUUCCUUUUACUAUAUCAAUCACUACUUUCAAUUACUACUUCGCUAUUUCUACUACUUCAACACUUCAACACUCAUCAUGUCUCAAUCUCUUCCCACCCGCAAAGACGUCGCCAUCUUCUCUGACUUUGACGGCACCAUCUUCCUCCAAGACACCGGCCACGUCCUCUUCGACCGCCACGGCUGUGGCUCAGAACACCGCGAGAAGCUCGACUCGCAAAUCAACUCCGGCGAGCGCUCGUUCAGAGACGUCUCCGAGGAGAUGUGGGGCUCUCUCGACGUCCCCUUCGACAAGUCGAUCGAGGCCAUGAAGGAGAAGCUCGAGAUCGACCCCGACUUUGCCGACUUUCAUGACUUAUGCAUCCGCGAGGGCGUCCCCUUCAACGUGAUCUCCGCCGGUCUCAAGCCCGUUCUCCGCGGCGUGCUCGACGAGUUCGUCCCGGGCUCGGACCGCAUCGACAUCAUCUCCAACGACGCCGUCAUCUCCGACGACGGCUCGGACUGGAAGGUCGUCUGGCGCCACGACUCCCCGCUCGGCCACGACAAGUCGCAGUCGAUCAAGGAGCGCCGGUCGCACUACCGCAAGCACCUGCCGGCCAACACAAACCCGCUCAUCAUCUUCAUCGGCGACGGUGUCUCUGAUCUCCCCGCCGCGCGCGAGGCCGACGUCUUGUUUGCCCGCGCUGGCCUGAGACUGGAGGAGUACUGCAAGGAGCACGGUAUCGACUACAUCCCCUACGACUCGUUCGCCGACAUCGAGCGCGAGGUGUCGCGGAUCCUGGACUCGGGCGACCUCGAGCGGUUCAAGAAGCCCCACAACCGGAGUCCGCAGCGCGAGCAGCAGCAGCAGCAGAACCUGCGCAAGCACUUCUUUGGCGCCGCGGCCUCGUCUCCUGUCGUGGACUCGACCCGCAAGGCGCGGCGGACAGACAAGUCGAUGGCGCCGCUGAGUCGGAGGUAUUCGAAGGGGAUUGCGACUGCUUAGAUGUUUUGUUUUUAUUAUCAUGAUUGUAUAGACUAUGUUAUUUGCAUUGGGUUUUGUGAUUACUGGAUGGGAUGGUCGCGGUGUUAGGGUCUGCUAUUAUCAAUGACACUAUUACUAUAUUACUAUAUUACUAUAAGAAGAAUGAAUUAGAAUAAGAUAGAAUCAAGAUGAGAAUAAGAAGACAAGAAUAGAUGAAACAGAGAAUGCAACAGAAUCACAGCAGGUCAGAUAUGCUAUUUCCUGCAACAAGAGCAGAUAAG